AUGGACACCGAGGACCCGAAAGAAGCCUCUAGUACUCACGGCCGCGAAAGCCGAAGAGACCGAAAACGAGAAAGGUCCCGAGACCGCGGCCGCGAGCGGAAUGACCGUGAGCGCUCCCACCGACACCACCGCUCCGAGCUCCGUUCCGACCACCACAAAUCCCACCACUACUCCCACCGCGAAAGACCCAGUUCGAGAUUGAGAUCCAAAGACCGGGACCGGGACCGCCACCGUAGGCGGGAGGGCGAUUCCUCUGACCGUCAUCACCAUAGCCACAGAAGAAAACGUUCACGCCAUGAAGACGAAGAUCGGAACCGUCAUCAUCGUAAGUCCCGGAAGGUCGAUUCUCCUUCCCCUACCGAGAGGAGGAGAGAAGGGGAACCCGCAGACCCACUGGGGCCGGAAAUGCCCAACUUUUCGAAAGUCCCCGAUACCGUUCAUAAACCUACGCUCACACGCGACUCCUGGAUGCAGGAGCCCGAUGCCGACUUCAUCGACUACACACAGAAAGGGGCGGGGAAGUCUACACUAAAGCCAGUGGCUAAGCCGGACUAUCGACCGGUAAUUCACAGGAAUGAAUUGAAUACGCAGUUGAAGGAAGGGAAGUCACUGGAUGAGUACGCUGAUGAGACGGAGGAGGAAGUAACGUACACCUUUGGUGACGCGGGUUCGAAGUGGCGGAUGGUGAAGUUGAAGAGGUGUUACGAGUUUGCGAAGGAGGAGGGGAGGGAUGUUGAGAGUGUUGCGUUGGAGAGGUAUGGCAACCUAAAGGAGUUUGACGAAGCACGGGAGGAAGAGAUUGAAUUGGAGAGGAGGACGACAUAUGGGAAAGAUAGGAAGGAUGUGAAGGAGAAGCCGACCGGGGAGCUUUAUCGACAGAGGAUGAAGAAGGCGGAGGCCGAGGAGAAUGCUAGGCAGUCGAGAGAGAGGGAAAGAUAUGGAAUGCAGGCUGCUCUGAUGAAAGCACAACUGAGAGGUGAUCCGAAGGCUGCCGUGAUGGAGGGGGAGUUCAACGAGGCUAUGGCGGUGGCUAUGGCGGCGAACAAGAAGGAGCCAGAAGUUGUAGUCCUAUCCGCCAUGGAUUCAAGAAUGCUAGCUGGCUUAGGGGGGCGAGUCGGUAGGGAAGUAGUAGAGGGAAAGAAAGGCAAGCUUGUAGAAAAGGACGAUAUGAGCUUAGACGACAUGGUCCGGGAAGAGAAGCGAACCAGAGGCCAAGUCCGUGGUGGUGAAGGCAUGCUCCUGGCAGAAAGAAUCUCACGAGAUGCCAAAUUCGAUGAUAACCUCGACUACCUCGAUGAAAACGCCGGCCGCCUUGCAAAACGAGUUCAAAGGAACGAAGUCGACCUGAAAAACAUGGCCAUUAGCGAAUUCAAGAAGAUGCAGAAGGUACUCGACAACUGUCCCCUGUGCCAACAUGAGGACAAACCACCCAUCGCGCCCGUAGUCUCACUUGCAACAAGAGUCUACCUAACCCUCCCCACAGAACCAGAAUUGACGCCGGGCGGAGCAGUCAUCGUCCCCAUCCAGCAUAGGGUAAACAUGAUGGAAUGUGAUGACGACGAAUGGGAGGAGGUCAGAAACUUCAUGAAAUCCCUAAUCCGCCACUACGCUUCCAAAAACCAAUCCGUCCUCUUCUACGAAAACGCUGCGUCGCCCGAACGCAAGCGGCACACUGCCAUAACUGCCAUCCCACUCCCGCAAGAGCUCGGUGACACGGCCCCCGCCUACUUCAAAGAAGCCAUCCUCUCAGCAGACGAAGAAUGGUCGCAACACAAAAAAAUAAUAGACACUCUCGCGAAAGCGCGCUCAGGACUAGGCAAGACGGCAUUCCGCAGGUCGCUGGUCAAGGAGAUGCCAUACUUUCAUGUAUGGUUUGAGAUCAACGGCGGGAUGGGCCAUGUCAUUGAGGAUGCAAAUCGCUGGCCCAAGGGCGACUUGUUCGUGAGAGAGUUGGUGGGCGGGAUGUUGGAGUGUCCGCCUGACGUUAUUAAGCGACAGGGACGCUGGGUUAGGGGCAAGGACACCAGGGUCGAGGGCUUUAGGAAGGGGUGGGAGGAGUUUGAUUGGACAAAGGUUUUGUAUGAUAAUUAG